ACAGCGCGAGAGCGAGCGAGAGAGAAAGAGAGAGAGAGACGGCGAAAAAUUACUGUCCCACCAACCUCCGCCCAGCGGUCAGUCAUGCCACACUGGAUUUUCCUGCCAAACCUCCUAAAAGAAAGCCGAACCUGACCUGUCCGUCGUGUUGAACGUGGAAGCGAUAAACGCCGACACUUCCGCGGUUCAGAGGCUCUUGUUUGCUGGCGUGUGUGUGUGUAUGUAUGGGAGUGAACUGGAGAACGCGAGGAGAAGAAGAGAAGGUUCGAUUCGUCUAGAGGUGUCCAGUGGGAGGAGCCAUGACCGAGGGGGAGGGGCAGUUCUACAGCGUGCAGGUGGGCGACUCCACCUUUACGGUCCUCAAACGGUACCAGCAGCUCCGCGCCAUCGGAUCCGGUGCCCAGGGUAUCGUCUGCUCCGCUCUGGACACAGUGCUUGGCGUCCCAGUCGCUGUGAAGAAACUGAGCCGGCCCUUUCAGAACCAGACCCAUGCAAAGAGGGCCUACAGAGAGCUGGUUCUGCUCAAGUGUGUUAAUCACAAGAACAUUAUCCAUUUGCUUAACGUCUUCACACCCCAGAAGUCGUUGGAGGAGUUCCAGGAUUUGUAUUUAGUGAUGGAGUUGAUGGAUGCCAGUCUUUGUCAGGUGAUCCACAUGGAUCUGGACCAUGAGAGGAUGUCUUACCUGCUCUACCAGAUCCUGUGUGGCAUCAGACAUCUACACUCCGCUGGCAUUAUUCACAGGGAUCUAAAACCCAGUAACAUAGUGGUGAAGUCCGACUGCACUUUAAAGAUCUUAGACUUUGGACUGGCCAGAACCGCCUGCACUAAUUUCAUGAUGACACCUUACGUAGUGACCAGAUACUACAGAGCACCAGAGGUCAUCCUGGGCAUGAAAUACAAGGAGAACGUGGAUAUCUGGUCUGUAGGCUGCAUCAUGGGUGAGAUGGUUAAAGGGAGCGUCAUAUUCCAGGGCACUGAUCAUAUUGACCAGUGGAAUAAGGUGAUUGAGAUUCUGGGAACCCCCUCUCUGGAGUUUAUGAACCGUUUGAUGGAGACUGUAAGGAACUAUGUGAUGAACAAACCCCAGUUUCCCGGAGUCAGUUUUAAUGAGCUUUUUCCCGACUGGGCCUUCCCAUCAGAGACCGAGCAUGACAAGAUCAAAACCAGUCAAGCACGAGACCUGCUGUCCAAGAUGCUGGUAAUCGACCCUGAAUGCCGCAUCUCUGUGCAGGAGGCUCUUAAUCACCCCUACAUUCAUGUGUGGUACGACCCAGCUGAGGCAGAUGCGCCUCCUCCACAGAUCUCAGACAAGCAGCUUGAGGAGCGGGAACAUAGCAUCGAGCAGUGGAAAGAGUUGAUUUAUAAAGAAGUCAUGGACUGGGAGGAGCGGAACAAGAACGGGGUGCUGAAAGAGGAGUGUUUAGACGGUACAGUGAACAGCAACGCCACUCCCUCCCAGUCGUCUUCUAUUAAUGACAUCUCGUCCAUGUCGACGGAGCAGACACUGGCUUCAGAUACCGACAGCUCUUGCAUUGACACCCUCACCGGUCCGUUAGAAGAGUGACUCGAGUGACUUCCAGCUCUUCUCACUCAUGUCACAUUGCUGUGUGGGCCAUGCAGAGGUCUGGACUGAAGAGAACCGUGGGUGCACGUUCAUACAGCUUCAAGUUUACACUUCACUAUUGCUUUUAAGGGACCGCUUUUUGCUCUCUUUUCAUUCGUGUAGUAUUAGCUUUUGAGUUGUGGCUAAUUCUCAGAUUACACUCCAACGACAAAACAUCUUUUUUUUUCCUUUUAGAUUUGAAAAAUAACUCAUUCACAAGUAGACCGAAGAGUGCAUUAAUGCAUUCACAUUUCAUUUGACAUCAACUAACAUGAAUUGCCAUCUUAUCCGGUGGAGUUCUUAUUGCAGCAGCAUGUUUAAUAUCUGAGACUAUCCCUGUCAUUUAUGCCCUCGCUCUCCCUCUGUGAUGUAGCUUUUAUUACCUUUCAUUUCAUCACCUAAAAGAAGCACAGAUAUAAAUUGUUGAACUUUAUAGCUAGCCAUCCCCUCCGGAACCAAUUCCUGUUACAAGAAUUGCUGCAUGAUAUUAACAAAGAACACUUACUAGACAGACAGCGCAACUACAGAUUACUGAAAUAUGCCUAAACACAUGUAGGAAACAGAACAAUAGUGCCUGCCUCUGUAUAUAGUCACCCAUUUUAAAAGAAAACCCAAUGACGGAUUUCAGUUGGUUAGGGUGUAGUCAAGUGUGUAUAUACGUACAUAGAUUUCAUGUAAAUGUUCGGAUUUUUCUUCUUCGUGCUGUGGAAACCAUUUUACAGCUUUUUAAUAUGUACUGUAAAGCAGAUUGCGAUGGGAUUGAUAAAUGAUUUUAAAAGACAUUUGCACAUAGAGGGUCAAAAAUUAACAUUCUGCUUUGAAAAAAAAAAGUGCAUCUACAUCCAAGAUGGUAAACUGUAGAUGCAAAAUCCUAAUCGGAGCCCUGUUUCUCAUCAUUCCAAGAGUAAUUAAUCACUGCUGGCAAGUUCAUGACGUAUAUGAUCAACUGUAUGUUUCAUUGCAUGAGCUAAUGCAAACCAUUGCCUUUUUUAAUCUCCUCAAACUUGAAACGCCCAGAAGAAUGUUAUACAGCAAAUUUAUGGAUUUUUUUAUUCUUAAAAACUCUUGUCAGUGGCUUUUUAUUUCUUUAAUUUUUUUUUGUAGAUGCCCAUUUAGUGACAAGCUGAAAGAUUUGUCAUCUUCGUACAGAUUAUCACUACCAUAUUUCAUAUACUUUGCGAUUCCGUAGCUAUGUUUCCAUCCAAAGAUGUGCACUAAAUGUAUGCGCAAAACUGGAUUAUCGCAUAAAAGACGUGCGAAUAAAGCAGCGUUUCUAUCCAAUGAGCAGUGGCGGUUCUAGUUUAAAUGGCACCCUGGUCGAACCACCCCUAAUACACCCCUUCCCCCAUCCCCUAAGAAAUUAAAGCUGCAUCUGAAACCGCCUACUAUUAGUAGGUACUGAAUUUGAAUUUAAUUGUACUACUCGGCUGUUAGAAAAGUGUUCUAUACAGUAUGAAUGUGAGUAGUAUGAAUGGAACUCAGACGUACUACAUCCGCCAUUUUGUCAUGAUCACGUGACCUGCCUGCGUGAGUUGUGUCUCUUCAUUCCCAUUCAUUCAUUCUCUCACAGGGCAUCAUAGGUCUUUUUUCAGAAUCUCGCCGGAAGUAGUAGGUCAUUGGGGUACUUCUCGCAUACUAAUUUUCGAAUUCUAUGAAUUCAGACAUACUACUCGGCACGCAUACUGUUUUUAGCGUACUAUAUAGUAUGAAAGUAUGUGAUUUCAGAUGCAACCAAAGAUGCUAUGUGGUUGACUUAAUUAUUUAUAUAUAUAAUAUUAUUAUACAAUUAUUAUUAUUGUACAAUUAUUAUUCUAAAUAAAUAACAGAAAUCAAUCCUAAAUGUAACUGGAAAACAAUGUAAAGACCUAACUGGAUUGGUAUGCUAAGAUCACUUACAAAGUCUUUUGCAUGAAUAUUAAAUAUACUAAUUCUAUAGAUUACAAAAAAAUAUGCUUUAUAGCACAGGUGUCAAAUUAGCAGCUCUGCACACUUGAGCUUUAACACUACUUAAACACGCCUGAUCAAUCUAACUGAGUCCUUCUGGCUUGUUUGAAACCUACAGGUAAUGCUGCGGUCACACUAGAGUUUGUGCAUGCAAAAUUCUGUCAUGCGGCGCUGCGAAAAGGGGCGGGAUUAAACAAGAUGAUUAGAAAUUUUUUUAAAAAGCAAGCGAUUGAUCCAUGUUUUAAAUUCUGUCCAGUAAGGUCAUGUUUUGAUCUUCGAUUGGGUUUGUGCAAUCAUGUGAUGCGAUUUUGCAGGUCAUAGUUUCACCAAGCAUGAACUUUCCAACGCAGCGAACUGUGAAACUUGUCGCCGAGUUUGCGUUUCCGGUCUGAUGCAUUCGCCUGUGUAUGAAUGGAAGUCUAUGGGGAGAAAAGUACAGUGUGACCGCAGCUUAUGUGUGUUGAAGCAUGGGUUGGAACUAAACUGUGCAGAGCUGCGGCCCUACAGAAACUGGAUUUGAACUGUGCUUUAUAGCAUUAUCUGUUUUCUCUGACCCGACUCGUGGCCAAGAAUUGAUGUUAAGUUUCCCAGACUUAUCAUCUCUCCUUUCUGCUUCAUAGCCAUGCUCAAAAUAAGAUCAUCAUCAUAUUAUGUAAACUUUAGUUUUGUUGACUUGCAAAACUCACUGCGUACCGACACCUCUACAUAAAAGGCUGUUACUCCGGUUUCACAAUGCAUGAGCGCCGUGUAUUUUAUCAGCGUGCAUAUACUCAACCGGGAUUCACACCUUGAGCAGGAGCAGCGCGUGUUAGGCACGCGGGAAUGGUUUUCUGCAGACAUGCGGCAAUUUGUUUUGACCAGCGUUGUUUCGGUUGCACAAAGAGAAUAACAAACUUGCGUGUGCAAAAGAUGCCAAAUGUGAAUGACCCCUAAUGUCUUUAUUCUAAGAUUACCACCCUAAAUUAUAUCACUUGCAUAAAUUAAACCACAUCUCAAAGCUUUUACUAGGGCACAGUUGAUUUUUACUGGGCCACCUUUUUUUUUUUUUGCACCGUCUCCCUGUGCCACCCCCAGCAAGAUGCCGGCCUGGGCGAUUGCCCAUAUUGCACAUGCCUAAAUCCGCCACUGCCAACGAGUCAAAGAGAACAAAAUCGUCACUUUCUGAUAAACUGGCACCAAAUAUCAACAGUAAAGAUCGAAUUUGCUGCGGUAGGAGAGGCUGUGUCAAUCUUUUCUUUAUUUAAUAAAUGAUUUGCACUUCAGAAGACAAUGCCGACACCUAAUGAACAUGUGGAACAUUGAAGGUGCAGAUGCUUUUGACAGUCCUGGAGGUAUAAUUGAUAAUAUACAGUAAUAACACUAAUACUGAAAUGAUUAAGGCAUUUUAGAAUGACCAAAACAACAUUUCAGAUGUUUUACAGUGUGCUCAGCCUGCUGGUUUGUCUAUUCACACACAUUUUUAUCACCACAUGAUCUCUUAUUAGAAAAUCACAUGACCUUUUCUUUAAUGCGCAUACUAUAAUUUGUUCGGUAAAAGGGUUUCCACUGUAGUUUAUGCGCAUCUUUUCUUAUCGAAUAAAAAGUUUAUCCUAUUCAGUUAUGCACAUUUUCUAAAUUUAUGCGCAUCUCAGCAUUUCCAUCAAUCGUUUUUUUUAUGCGCAUGUCCAAAAUAGUUGGAUGGAAACAUAGCUAAUGACAUACUGUGGCUAAUCAUGCGCUUAGAGACUUUAUUUUGGACUUUCUCCUCUUUUAGCAAUUGUUUUCAUGAUUGAGAGCCAAUUUUUUUUAACCUUCCUGCUUUCUUUCUUCAGUUCAAAAAUAGAUGACUGUAAACUAGUGUUCUGUACCCUAAAUUCAUUAUGCAUGAGAAAACAAGCCUUCUUUAUGCAGAACUUGAAGAUGUUGCAGAAUCGUGUCCUCUGGUUUGUGCUGAGUUUAUCUGGCUCCAAGUUCUUCUAAUGGACUGAAAACGGAAAGAGACUGGAGAAUGAACUUAGCAUCACCAUGACUUUCAUUCCUUAAGCUUCUCAUUACAAUCAUCAGCUUGGCCAUGAAACAACUCAUAGUAAUAUGUUCAUCAUGUUUUGGCUCUUUUUUUGACAGGCUGGAUUGUUCAUCUGCUUUCCCAAACAUCUCAUUCUCCAGGUCUCCUUGACUUUGUGAGAUCUCAUUUGGUGCUUCACUUUACUGUUAGCGCAGUGAUAAUGUAUUACAACAACGCAAUAGUGCAUUGUGUUCCAUUUUCAUUUCGGAGCCUCAUGCACAUUUGUUUCACUGUUGUGUUGUGAUUCCUGUUAUGAACGUUAGUGAUGGACCUCUGUGGCACUGAUACCUUCAAGAAAACGAACAAAACUGGCUCACGCUUUUUCUCAAGGGCUUACUUUCUUUUCUUUUAGGUGUCCGUUCCCCUUGGGGGAAAGAGUGUCUGAACAACAGUGGGUUUUUGUCACUGACAAUCUAUCACUAGAGGUGGAAUAAGUAAUGACUUGAAGAAUUGUUUUCUUUUUUUUUCUUUUUUUCUUAAAUAUUCAUCUACUUCUUCUUAAGAAAACAGUUCUCAUGGUCCUCGUCAAUCAGAAUCUUCACAAUCAAAUCCUGUAAAAGGAAUAGAUAUCUAACUGCUCUGUGCUAGUAAUGUCUGUUUAGCUUUCAUGUGUUUUGUAUUGUUGUGCUACAUAUGGGCGCCCUGUCAGUGGGCUAUGAUGGGAGUGACCCAAAUUACGAACCUGUCUGAAACAUAUGCAAAACCUUAAAUGGAAUCCUCAAUCUACAAUGAUAGAGUGAUACCUCUUUUCUCUCUCAAAAAAAGAUUAAGAAAUUAAACAUCUGUUAUGACUGGCCAAAUAAAAAGCUCGUAUUAAAGUA